AUGGGCAAGACAUCAGUGCUUAGAAAAGACAACUGUGAAUGGAAUUUGUUUGGUGGGUCUAAGGCUUCCUCAAAAGGCAGUGGCAGUUUUGGUGGCCGCCGCCACCGCUGCAGCAGCACCAGCAGCAGCACCAGCAGUGUCUCCCCACAAAAGGACCCUCGUGGGGAAGCCGACGCACUAUUGUUUAUGCAAAUCUUUAUCCAUCUGUUGAAAAGCAACAUUGGCACAGGGUUCCUGGGACUUCCCCUGGCUGUGAAAAAUGCUGGAUUGUUGGUGGGGCCUGUCAGCCUCUUGGCCAUCGGUGUCUUCACAGUCCACUGUAUGGAUAUCCUGCUGAACUGUGCCAGCCACCUUACCCAGAGACUGCAGAGGAGUCUUGUGAACUAUGAGGAGACUACAAUGUACAGCCUGGAAACAUGCCCAAGCCCUUGGUUGAGGACGCACGCAGUGUGGGGCAGGUAUGUUGUGAGCUUCCUGUUGAUUGUCACUCAGCUGGGCUUCUGCAGCGUGUAUUUCAUGUUUAUGGCAGACAAUUUACAACAGAUCAUAGAAGAAGCUCACUUCACCUCCAACAUCUGCCAGCCCAGGCAGAGCCUCGUGAUGACCCCUGUCCUGGAUGCUCGCUUCUACAUGCUCACCAUCCUGCCCUUCCUCAUCCUGCUGGUGCUUGUCCAGAAUGCACGGGUGUUGUCCAUCUUCUCCACCUUGGCCACCAUCACCACCCUGGGCAGCCUGGCUCUGAUCUUUGAGUAUCUCGUCCAGCUCCCACGGCACAGCAGCCUGCCCUUGGUUGCCAGCUGGAAAACCUUCUUGUUGUUCUUUGGCACGGCCAUCUUCACCUUUGAAGGCGUGGGGAUGGUUCUGCCUCUCAAAAACCAGAUGAAGAAUCCACAACAGUUUCCUGCCGUACUGUAUCUGGGGAUGUCCUUUGUCAUCUUCCUCUACAUCUGCCUGGGGACCCUGGGCUACAUGAAGUUUGGCUCAGACACUCAGGCCAGCAUCACUCUCAACUUGCCCAAUUGCUGGUUGUACCAGUCGGUCAAGCUGAUGUACUCUGUUGGCAUCUUCUUCACCUAUGCCCUCCAGUUUCACAUCCCAGCUAAGAUCAUAGUCCCCUAUGUUGUCUCAAGAGUGUCUGAGAACUGGGCUCUGUUCGUAGACCUAACCGUGCGCACAGCCUUGGUCUGCCUGACCUGUUUCUCAGCUGUUCUCAUCCCUCGCCUGGACCUGGUCAUCUCCCUGGUGGGCUCCGUGAGCAGCAGCGCGCUGGCCCUCAUCAUCCCGCCCCUGCUGGAGAUUGCCACUUUCUACUCUGAGAACAUGAGCUGUGUGACCAUUGCCAAGGACAUCAUGAUCAGCAUCCUGGGCCUGUUGGGGUGUGUAUUUGGGACAUACCAAGCCCUCCACGAGAUGACCUCGCAGGCCCACUUUUCCAUGGCCAACUCUACAAGUGUCCACACAUAA